CAGCCGACAGUGAAAGUCUACGACGUCGUAACGGCGUUAUGUCAGCACGGCCAACGCCGCGCCAGUCGGGCCCGCCGUGUCGCCGCGCGCGCACCUUAACCCACGACAAAUACGAACUCAAUAAGUGACGAGCCAUGAGUGUGUGAAUUAAAAAAAAUAUUUUGUAUUUUUUUUUUCGAAAAUGUCUUUCCUUGUGAUUUUAUUGUGUGCCAGCUGCGUUUUGACUGCUGAAUUAAAUUCGAGUGCAAGCAAAGAAAAUGCCCGUGAGGAGAAGCUCCGGAGUGGGCUCAUCGAUGCCUUCCAAAACAUUAAACAGGCGUCCGCAGCGGGCGGCGUAGAGCAUGAUAGCCUCAACUCAGACCUCGUAGGAUCUGUAUCCCACAAUGGAAAUAAAAAUCAUAAAGCGCGCGAGGAAAAUUUGGACGUGUUCGCGGAUGAGGAUGGUCUCACUUUCGCAGAGGCUUUCGGCGACGUGGAGCAGGAGAGACGAAUCUCCAGCACGGAGAAGGCUCACAACGUGCAGCAUAUCGUGAAAUCCAAACAAAUGGACAAGACGACAUCGAAACCCAAUAAAGAUGUGUUAUCUAAAUUAACGGAGUCGAUACGAAACACAUUGAACGAAUCGAAGUUGCAGCUAAGCAGCCUGAGCGCGGAGACGACGAACUACACGGAGUUCAUGGGGAUUGAGAACAUGCUGAGGAUAGUGGACGCGGAGAUCCUGGUGAGCCAGUGGAGCCAGCUGCAGCACGCGGUGCAGGGAGAGUGCCGGGAGGAACUACAGCAGUACGUCAACGGCUUGCUGAUGAAGAAACUCUGGGCUUUGAAGAUGGAGGACGCUAGCGGACGAUACACGUCGAUGUUCUACUGGGGCAACAAUUACUGGACUGGCUCCGCAGAACUCUGCCAGGUACUCAACGAGCAGCACGACACCAGCCCCGCUAAGACUUACAACAAGAGCGAUGGAUCCAUCCUAGCUGAAUGGCGUGAUGACGUGUCGAUGUCGGGCUCCGGGCCGCCCUUCGCCACCGCAUUCUACAACGCGCGCCUUCUCGUCACCACAGACCAGCACCAACUAGUUAAAACUCGUCGUACCCUCCACCUAGGUCUCUGCCUGCCGUACUCGUGUUCGCGCGCGCAGGUGGGCGCGCUGCUGGGCGCGGUGCGCUCGCCGGCGCUGCGCCACGCCGUGCUGGCGGUGCGCUCGCCGCAGCACGGCGGGUACACCUACAUGGCUGACCCUACCUUCCAAGUUUUACUGUAACGCGCCGCCAACAUGGCCGCCGACAGCGCGCACGAACACAAGCUCGACAUCAACACGCUUGAUGCUGUCACACACGUCGGGGGCAAGUCGAUGUACAACGUGAACAACAACAUAGCGAUCACCAGCAACACUUCGGAGGAGCGCCUCACUGCGGAGACUGCCUCACAAGAUGGACAUAUCAAACUCAGUAUCUGGUCGGAGCUGCUGCUAUCGUUCUCGAUGAAGGCGAACGUGCUGCAGAUCCUGGACCAGUCGGUGGGCGCGGACACGGUGCCGGUGGUGCACGGCCUGCGCUCGCUCUCCAUGGUCUGGGUCAUCUUCGGACACACCUGCAUCGUCGUCUUUAAGUACGCAGACAACACCGCGUUACGCGCCAUCCUCGAGAAGAGCUUCUGGUUCCAGCUCAUCAUCAGCGCUGUUUACAGCGUUGACACUUUCUUCUGUCUCGGUGGCAUGCUGGUGUCGUUCCUGUACUUCCGCACGAGUGCGAAGGGCAAGCUGGAGCUGCUGACGAAGGGUCGACGCACGCUCACCUCCGGGGUCAUACAGUUCUUCGGCCUCAUUGGUUACAGAUUUGCCAGCUACCUCGUGGGCAUGGCCACCGGCUGGAUACUCUUCAAGACCAACUUGAAAAUCAGAAUGAACAGGAUUUGGGUGUGGGUGGGGUGGUGUUUGUGCGCGGGCACGCUGCUGUUCCUGAUCUUCGGGCUGUACCGCGCGCAGCUGAGCGUGGGCGCGGCCGCCGCCUACAGCGCGCUCUCGCACUCGCUGUGGGCCGCCGCCAUCGGCUGGGUCAUCGUCGCCUGCUCCACCGGACACGGCGGCUGGGUGCGCGCGCUGCUGUCGGCGCCGGUGCUGUACCCGUUCUCGCGCGUCACGUACUGCGCCUACCUCGUGCACCCCGUGCUGCUGCGCUACGUCGCCAUGCACCUCACACACCCCAUACACCUCGGCGAACUGCUUGUUUUCGUAUUGUUCCUGGGAUUGACAGUGAUGUCAUAUUUCUUCGCGUUCGUCAUUUCUGUGGCAUUCGAGGCGCCCAUCGUCACCAUGCUCAAGAUCCUCGCGCCGCAGAAGAAACCGCACAGAGUUUGAAAACUCUCCUACACAAAGACUGGAAUACAAAUUGAUUUUAAUUUUAAAUUCACAACUUUUAGGGUUUGUCACAAAAUUCCUUAAAAUAAGAUAACAAUCCAACGUAUAACAUAUGGAAGUAUCGGAUUUUGGUACUUUAUCUGAAAGUGGCGUCACUUUUACGCUAUCUGAGCAUCUAUCAGCCAGUGGUGGGGCAAGCCCUUAAUUAAAAUGAGAAGUUGGUGUUAGAUUUUAAAGUCAAUUAAAGUUUAAAGUUCUCAAAAAUAAACGAUAUUAAAAUACAGUGAAAUGUAAGGAUUAUGUUAAAAAGUGAUUAUUACAUCUACAAAGUAAUAUUAAAUGUUAGUUACAAACUAAGAUAUCAAAAUAUAUUAUACAAUGUUUAAAU